AUGCUUCGCAAGAAAGAGGCCUUCACCCUCGUCACGCCCAUCCCGGGCUUCAUCCCUCGACAGCUCGCCAUCGACAUCCUCCACUCCCACAGCGAAGUCAUCACCCUCAACCCGCUCGUCCUCGGCCACAAGCCAAUUUCGGCGCCUCGCAAUGCCGCCGCCGACGAGUUCUACAGCACCUGGUACGAGAUCGAGGAGCGCAUCCAGUUCCUGCCCGGCGCCGGCAAGCUGGGCUCCGGCAAGAUCAAGUUCAACGGUUGCUUCCACGACAUGCCCUGGGGCCUGCAGACGCAUAUAUAUGCGCCCAUGAACAUUGACCUGCGAAACACAUACCGCAUCUGCGGCAACCAGCCCGGGGUCGAGCCGCCGGAAACUCGCGAGAUUGGCCUCGAGGCCCUCGGCGCGCCCUCCGACGGCCUCUACCUGCGCGAGGACAUUGAGGUCAAGGCCAACAUCACCAUGGUCAGCUUUGUCAAGGCGCAGCUCAAGGCCGCCAACAAGGAGAUGGUCCAGCGCAUCAUCAAGAAGGCCGAGCUGCUCGACGCCGGCGUGCUCAAGGCCAUGAUGGAGGACGGCAAGCUCAAGACGGUCAACCCCAACGACCGCUCAACCACGCCCGCAGUCGGCGCCAUGUCGCCCCAUAGCAGCAGACAGCCCUCCGUCAACUAUGGAGUCCCGGGCCAGAAGAGCGCCCAGAUGCCGCCAAGCUACACCCCAGCCUAUCCUCACUACGCAUAUCCCACCUCUCCUCAGCCUUCCCAGACCCCGCAGAUGUACGACCCUCGCCAGUCAGUAUACGCUUCCACGCCCCAGCAGGGCAUGUAUGCGCCGCCACCGAUUCCUCCCAAGGAACAGAUGGUUAUCAUGGAGCUGCCGGGCGACUAUCCACAACACUAUGCUCAGCCUGGUCAAGGGCAAGGUCAAGGUCUCUAUGCUUCGCCGCUUCCAAGCCCGGGAUAUCGCCCGCCCUCGGCUUCCUCAUCCGAUCCUAGGUGGUCUCAAGGUCAGCCGAGCCCGUCUCUGCUCAACCCGCAGAGGAUGAGCAGCGGCUCUACAAGCAGCGCCGGUCAACACCACGGCUUUGUGAAUGAGCUUUCAGCACACCCGGAAAAGUCAGAAUAUUAG